UAUUAUUUUUAUUGUAUUUUCUUUCCAUUUCGGGCAAGUUUUGAUAGCUGCUUCUUCCUUUUCUUUCUUCUUUUUUUUGCUUCGAUUUGAGAGUAACUGUUAACUGUUCGCUGCUAAAGGUUGCUGUCCUUGCUCCUUGAUGUUUCUUCUGCUGAUGUGCUAUAGAGUUUAAAAAGAAAUUGUUUGGAUUGGGUUUUAUUUGGAACUGGAUAGUAUGGAACGAGAUGGGCAAGAAAUGGCAGCUAAUGAAUUGCCGGAGACUGUUGAAUAUAAGAGAAAAGAUUUCAGUUUUCCCUUGAAAUCAGAAGAUCGUCUUUUGACGGAAUCGCCGGUGAAUGGUUUGAGUCGCUUUGCACCUCCAUGUCCCACCACUUCUUCCAUGAACGAGGCCGAGACGGAGACCGGCAUGAUAGUGGAAGAAUCGACUUUGGAAAACUAUAAGAACUCAAGCUUAAGUUUAGCAAAGAGCUCGAACAGCUUACGGAAGGCUCAGCGGGAACGAAUGUAUCAUAUCGAAAGUAGGUCGGAGCACGUUGUUUUAGAUGAAAAAGCAAGCCAUAUGUUGUUGAGAGCGAAAGAGCAGCUUGCAAGAAUGUCUUACGAGAACCAUAAGAUCAAGGAUAUUGAUCAAACACAAGGGGGAGUUGCUUUGCAUUCGAAGGCUACCGAGGACAACUUGGUUAUCUCAAGCAAUACAUUGUCAGCUGCGGCUACUCGAUUGAAAACGUCAUCUAGGCCUAGCUUUUCUCAGUUCUUUGUGAAGAAGGGUAUAAAAGGGAAGGGAAUUAGCAGAAGAGAACAUCAUGACCAGCCUUGUUUACCGGGGAUCGAUAGUUCUGCUACUGAGCCUAGCUCAAAUGGGAUUAGUUUGAGAGAAUGGCUAAAACCAGGGAGUCGAAGAGAAGAUAAAGUUGAAAGCCUGAUUAUAUUCAGGCAGAUUGUGGAGUUGGUGGAUUCGGCACAUUCGCAAGGGGUUGUCUUGCAAGAUUUACGGCCAUCCUGUUUCUCCUUAUUGUCAUCAAAUAAGGUUAUCUAUACCGGACGGUCUGUCAAGAACGAACUAGUGUCAGCUGUACAUAAUGAUUUGAAGAGGAAAAGGUCCUUGGAACAAGGUAUGAAUGCUUCCAAUUGUAGUCAAGGUGCAAAGCAGCUAAUGCAUGAUGAGAACAUGAAACCUCCUGGACACAAAACGGAAUUCACCUCUCCUCAUGGAUCCAGGGCAGAUACGCGGAAUAUUGUUGGUUUUCAUACAUCUAUUAAGCAGCAUUCUAAGCCUUUUGUCAACAAGCAUCCAUUUUUCUAUUACGAUACAUCUGCUGCGCAGUCUCCUUCUGCAGAUAUAGAAGUGGAAGAGAGGUGGUAUGCUUGCCCAGGGAAGCUCAGUGGAAGAAGCCUCACAUUUUCAUCAAAUAUAUAUAGCCUUGGGGUUUUUCUUUUUGAGCUUCUAUGUCGUUUUGAGUCAAUGGAGCAGCAUUCUGCAAUGAUGUCGGACUUGAGUCAGCGGAUUCUUCCACCAAAUUUCCUUUCAGAAAGUCCAAAGGAAGCUGCCUUUUGUCUUUGGCUACUUCAUCCUGAACCCCUGUCUCGUCCAACAACUAGGGAAAUCCUGGAGUCUGAUUUAUUUUGUGGAUCCCAAGAACGGUUUCGUGGGAACGAUGUAUCAAAAUCUUCUGAUAGUGAUUUGGCUGAAUCAGAGAUAUUACUUCAUUUUCUAACUAGACUAGAAGAACAAAAGCAGAAGCAUGCCUCCAAAUUGAUGGAAGAGAUUAGGUUCUUAGAAGAAGAUAUCAAGGAGGCUAUGAGAAGGCAAUCGUUAAGGACAUCCUCAGUUUCCCCUCAGAUACAAAAUGAAUUUCCUGAUGCAGGAGAAAAGUGCACGCAUUUUGAAGAUCCUGGAACCUCCGUUCCUAAUGAUAUAUCAAAUUUGAAGUCCGAUGCCAAUGAUCGAUGGUUGUCAAAAGAUAUCCGGAAACUCGAGCAUGUCUACUUCUCCAUGAGAUCCAAAAUCCACUCUUCUGAAACUGCUGCUUCAGCUGACUCUGAUAAAGACUUGCUGAAGAAUAGAGACAGGUUGUCCAAGUUUCACAGUGAGAAUGGCAAGCAACUAAUGAAUCAGAAAUCUGUUGAUCCCCUUGGGAUUUUUGAUGGUUUGUGCAAGUUUGCUUGCUAUAACAAGUUUGAAGUCUGUGGAACAAUAAGAAAUAGAGACCUUAUAAACUCUGCAAAUGUGAUAUGCACUCUUAGUUUCGACCGAAAUGAGGAUUAUAUUGCAACUGCUGGCAUAUCGAAGAGAAUCAAGAUUUUCGAGUUUGAUGCAUUUAUGAAAGACUCUAUUGACAUCCACUAUCCUGUGGUUGAGAUGUCAAACAAGUCAAAGAUUAGCUGUGUGUGCUGGAACAACUACAUAAAGAAUUAUUUGGCUUCAACUGAUUAUGAUGGCGUCGUCCAGACAUGGGAUGCGGGAACUGGUCAAGGACUCUGUCGAUACAAUGAACACCAAAAGAGGGCAUGGUCUGUCGACUUUUCUCAAGCUGACCCAACAAAGUUUGUCAGUGGAAGUGAUGACUGUUCUGUGAAGAUUUGGAGCAUUAAUGAGAAAAGUUCACUCGGAACCAUAUGGAGCCAUGCAAAUGUCUGCUGUGUUCAGUUCUCUAGUUUCUCUCCUCAUCUGUUAGCAUUUGGAUCUGCUGAUUACAAAGUAUAUUGCUAUGAUCUCCGGCAUGCUAGAAUUCCCUUGUGCACAUUGGCUUCCCAUGAAAAAGCUGUUAGCUAUGUGAAAUUCUUGGAUUUCAAUACCCUUCUCUCUGCAUCCACUGACAACACUCUGAAGUCAUGGGAUCUCAACAAAACUUGCUCAGACGGAUCGCCCUCCACUACUUGUGACUUAACCUUUACUGGCCAUAAAAAUGAGAAGAACUUUGUGGGUUUAUCCGUCUUGGAUGGAUAUAUAGCAUGCGGUUCAGAAACAAAUGAGGUUUAUUGUUACUAUAGAUCUCUGCCAAUGCCAAUCACUUCCUAUAAGUUUGGGUCUGUUGAUCCUAUUUCUGAGCAUCAGAACGCCGACAAAAAUGGACAGUUUGUUUCAAGUGUCUGUUGGAGACAAAAGUCGAACAUGCUUGUUGCUGCCAACUCAACUGGAAGUAUAGAAUUACUGAAACUAGUGUGAUGAAAGCCUUCCCCAAAUUAGUUCUGCUCUAAACUGUAACUAUCUCGCCCAUCCUAAAGACAGAUUAAUAUUCACUUUGAGAAACCAAUGAUAGCAGAUUGCAAAGGCCGAAGGGUAAAACUGAGAGCCAAAACUCGUACACUAACUUCGUGCCUGCCUUCAAUCGAGUGUGCCUGUGCACACAAGGAUAUUAGUCUCCAGUUCCCUACUAAAACUACUAUGGUCAUUGUUGUGUGGCAGCUUUACGCAUGACUGUUCCAAAUUCAGGCGCCAACUCCUCAGAAUCGUAGGUUAAAUACGAAGAUGAACUGCAGAUUUAUCUCGACUACUACUUGUGAACAAUUAAUGGCAACAUUGACGAGGAGUGGCUCCGAAAACGUUGUUCAUGAGCAAAAACAUUACUGAUAGACAUGGUAUUAGGGGAGGAACGUAGCAUGCAUGUAUAUAUUGAAAAAGAACCUAGCAGCCGAGAAUUUCGUGUUUUAGAAAUAUUCAAGCAGUCGAGAUGCGAGUGCUUCUUAAGAAUUAAAGAGGUAUGAAGCUGUAAGUUUUACAGCAAGGUAUUUCCACAAGUAUUUUGCUUCAUGAUUUGUAGAUAAUUGUUCCUUUAUGAUUAAUUCAAUGAAGUUUCUCGCUGUUGCCAACAAAUAUAAAACUAGCCUUUCUGAUUGAGAUGUAUUCUGUAGAUUUUCCCACCAUUUUGAAUUGGAAAUCCCUUGAGAUU